GUUUUUCAGAGGACGGUGAGAGUGCAGAAGAGGAAGAGUUUGCUGGAGGAAUUCAGAGGGCAGGAACAGGUACGUCCAGUCUGAACCGCCUGAAUGUGACACACCUGUUUCAGUGGGCGGAGCCACUGCAGGUGACAGACAACCAUAACACAAGACAGACAGGACCUCCACAGCCCAUAGACGCAGAGACGGAUCGCAGACGCAGCACGCGGGAUGUUUAAGAAGAAGGAAUACAGUCCUGUCAAGGCCGGGCAGUCGCAGGCCAAUGACAUGCUGGCUGUGACCACACGCCUGCAGCAGAACGCCGACCAAGUGGAGAAGAACGUCCUGCUGGCCGAUAAACUGCUGCUGGAGGAUCUGGAGAACAAGCGUGCAGGCUCUCCUCUCAAACAGCAGGGUCCGGCCGCAGAGAACCUGUCUCAGGCCGAGAUCUUACUGAAGGACCUCUUCAUGGAUGCCAGCAAAGCCAAAAAACUGCAGCACCCACAGGCCAGCGAGAUCGAGCUGGACGUGAGUAACCUGCACGAGCGCUGGUCCAAAUACUGCAGCACCUACAGAGAUCUGUACGGCCAGCUGCACGAGCUCUACCUGCCUCCCGGCGUCGACUGGAGCAAACUGCUGUCUGACAAACAGAAGCUGAUUCAGGGAGAUGUUUACGGUCCGACUCUGUCUGAUGUGGAGAAACAGAUCGCAGCCCAUAACAUCCUGCAUAAACAGAUGGAGGCGUAUCGCUCGGCCCUGGAGAGCAGUGGCGAUAACUCAUCCGCUCUUCAGAAGCAGUAUGCAGAUCUACUGGAGGCGAGUGAGCAGCGCCGGCAGCAUCUGGCGUCUCUCUAUGAGUUCAUGCACAGCUGCAGUAAAGAGCUGCUCUAUCUGAGUGAACAGCAGCACAAGAUCAUCAGCAGAGACUGGAGCGAGCGCAUGAUCGACAGCGCCGGGGUGCGCAUGGACUACGAGAGAUUUAAGAACAACGGUCUGCUGUCACACGAGAGGGAAGUGAGCAAACUACAGGAGGACGCCAGUGUGCUCAUUGAGGACAAACACCCCGGAUCAUCUGCUGUUAAGUCGUACAGCGCAGACGUGUCGAGAGAGUGGCAGCGAUUCCUGAAUCUGUGUCUGUGUCAGGACACACACCUGGACAACGUGGAGGCAUACAAGAAAUAUCAGCUGGAUUUGGAGACGUUCACUGAGUCGCUGAAGAGAAUCAAAUCCGCGACCGAACCGUCAGUGCUGAACAACAUGAGCAACCCUGAGAUCCUGCUGACGCUGGAGGGCGAGGAGAGGUCCGUCAUGAGGAACGAGCAGCGUCUGGCGGAUCUGAGAGAGCUUUGCACCAACAUCGCCCCUCUACACCUGCGCCGGAGCACCACAGACAAACCCAUCAGCACCAUCGCCCUGUGUGACUGGAGCACUGAGAAGGACUCUGUGAAAAGAGGCGACAAGGUCAUGCUGGUCUCUGAUCCCAGAGAGGAGAUCUGGGAGGUGAAAUCCAGCACGGGAGAGACCAAGCUCAUCCCAGGAGUCUGCUUCCUCAUCCCUCCGCCCGAUUCAGCCGCCAUCAACAAGGUGGACAGUCUGAGCAGGGAUUUCUCCGAUCUGAAGAGGACGAGGUCAGCUCUACAGGCCCAGGCCAAGACACCGACCGUGGAAGUCAUGCAGUUCGUAAAACAGGUCGCUGUGGCCACCGUUCCCGACAGCGCGAAGGCCGGCCUCAUUGACGGCCGGCUGGAACAGAUCUAUUCAGACCUGCUGAAGUUAGAGAAGGACAUCCAGACCCGAAUGAGGUCUCCAUUAAAUCGCGCUGCACCCAUCGGAGAUCUGACCGCCAGAAAUAAAGACCAGGAUAGUUUUGUCAUGAUUCUGAAGAAACUGGAGGCUGAGAAAGCAUCGGCUCAAAGGGAAAUGGAGCCCCUGAUAUCCCAGAAACCCCUGGGGCCCACCACGUCCUCGCUGCCGCUGAAACUGAGCAAAGUCAGCAACAAGAUUGACGACAUCACCGCCCUCUCUGAUCUCUACAACAAGAAGGCCACAUCUUCCAUGUUCCUGGAGAAACAGAUCAAGAAGGUGGACAACAUGCUGACGGCGUUCGAGGAUCAGUUGGCUGCAGACACUGGCAUCUUAGAUGAGCCCAACACCAUCCGCAACCACUCCAAACAGCUGCAGACCAUGAGUAAAGAGGUUGCAUCCAAGAAAGAUGACAUCCAGCAGUUGAACCGUGAGCUGGAAGUCACAGAGCAGGCAUGUAGCUCCCUGCAGAAGAGCUUCCAGGAGUAUUGCCCUGAUAUCCGCCACCAAGAGACUGAGGUCAGGCGCUUGAGGAAUCGUUACUCUAACAUCAACAGCCAGCUGCAGCAAAGGGCGACUCUGUUGCAAGAGGCUGUCAAUAAAAAUCAGGAAUUUAACAGUGCCAUCCAGUCACUCACUGCUUUCCUAAUCAAUAUGCCCAAUAACGAAGUUCGGCCUGGUGAAAGUAUGUCACAAAUCUAUGCCAAGCAAAACUCUCAGAUGAGAGCAGUCGAAGACAUCAAGAGAAAGCAGGAUGAUGUAAACCGUGUGGUGAAACUUUCUCGUGAAGUGCAGGGUGUUCUUAACGAGUAUGAGCUGAAUUCAAACAAAUACCGCAGUGCAUUGGGAAAACCAGAAAUAAACACAAAAAUAUUAGAUUACAUCACCCUGGCUGAAGCUGUGCAGAAGAAGGAAAGGGAUGUUGUGAACCUUUACUCUGAAGUAUCAGCACAGAAUAAUCAACAACUGAAUCAAGUGAUCUUGGCCAAGGACCUCAUCAACAAGAAUGAUGAAAUUGUGAGCCAUGUGGUGGUGAGGCAGCAACUUCAGAUGCAAAGUCAGCAGAGAGACAUGGACGAAGUUGACAGUCUGAAGCGAGAGCUGGCUGAGGAAAUAUCUCGCCGCAGUCAUGCUGAGAAUGAUUUAGCCACCUACAGGAAACGGAUGGUGUCCCUGAAGAGUCGGAGAGGUGUGGAGCGAGUGGAAGAAAAGGAAACUGUGCAUUACUACCGUGAUCCGAAGCUGGAGGCAGACUUGGAAGCAUUGAAGAGGAGGACAACCGAAGAGUUCCAUAAACGAUCCCAAUUGCACACAGAAAUUGAGAUUGUAAACAAAAAAAUGGUCAGUCAUGAACGAGAGAUUAUCGACGUGAAGCCCAAGCUGGUGACAAAGGUGUUUACAGAAAUUGAGCGUGAUCCCAAAUUGGACGUUGAAGCUGCGAGGAUCAGGGAGCUCAUACUCAAACUAAAGGAGGAAAUUCGAGUGCACAAGAGUGAAACGGUACAGAUGAGAACGGAAGUUACUGUCUUGGAGACCAAGAGGCCAGUAAUAAAAGAGAAAGUGGUCCUGAAAGAGGUUUUGAAGCUGGAAAAAGACCCCGAAAUGCAGAAAGCUGUGAUUACCUUGAAGAACGAGAUCUCGGAUGAGGGUAUCAGAUGCCAGAACCUGAAUGAUCAGAUAUUCCAGAUUAGGAGUCAGAUCAAUAAUCUGGAGAGGAUUAUUCCAACUAUACAACCGAAAACUGUCAUCAAAGAGUUGAAAAGGGUUGAGCAAGAUGCUGAUCUCCUACAGGAGUCCAAGACCCUCCGUGUACACCUGGAAGAGCUCAUCCGAGAAUACAGUAUUUUGAUGAAAGAGUUCUCCAGCCUUCAGCUCCGCUACAGCCAAGUGGAGACCAUCAAACAAAAGACAGAGUUUAAUGAGAUCAUCCAUGAGAUCUUUAGAAUUGACCCUGAGACAGAAGUGGAACUGAGACGGCUGAGAAACGAGCUUCUUGAAAUAAGCAAACGGCGUACUAGCAUCGAGAAUGAGAUCAACGUGAUCAUGGUGGAUCUAAAGACUCUGCGUGCCGAGAAGCCCAAGGUUGAACUGAAGGAGAUGACUCGAGAGGUGGUGAAAGAAGAGAGGAGUCCUGAAAUUGUCAAAGAAAUUAAGAGGUUGAAUGAGCAGCUCACCAUUUUGAGAACCAACUAUGACUCCACUAUGAAUCGGGUGAUACGUCUACGCAAGGACAGGGAUGAGUGGAAGGCCGAAAGAUCAAAGGUGGAGACCAAAGUGGUGACCAAAGAAUUGAUAAGGUACGAAAAUGACCCUCUUCUGGAGAAGGAAGCUGAACGUCUCAGGAGGGAAGUACGUGAGGAAGUUCAGCGUCGUCGAACAGUGGAGGAGAAUGUGUUUGACCUUCAAAACAAGUAUAUUGUGCUGGAGAGACAGAAACCAGAGGAAAGGGUUGUGGUACAAGAAAUUGUGCGCCUCCAGACAGAUCCCAGUCAGAUUCUGGCCCACGAAAGAUUAGUCAAGACUUUGGAAGAGACCAUCAAGGGUCGUCGGCAGUUUGAACUGGAGGUGCAGCAGAUGAGAUCUCUAGUCCUGGAGCUGGAGAAGAAGCUAGAGCUCGUGGAUCGGCAGAAGAAGAUCCUAGUAGAGACAGAGCUGAGACAAAUCAAGGCUAGAAUAUAUGAACUUGAAACUUGUCCAACGCCUGUUGAGGAAAAGAUUGUUAUAGAGGAGGUUUUGAAAGUUGAGAGAGACCCUACAGUCGACAAACUAAUCACUGACCUUCGUACUACCCUGGAAAACGAGAGUGCCAGCUUUACCCGCCUGGAGAGAGAUAUUCGAAACCUCAAAAUCAGGAUAGAGUCCCUGACCAAAGAGAAAUCUGUGGAGAGGGUCAUCCACAAAGAGGUUAUCAGGGUUGAGAAGGACCAAGCGGUGGAGUCGGAGAGAGAAAACCUUACAGCUCAACUCACCCAGUUGAAGAAUGCUAGAGCCCUCAAAGAUGAAGAACUUCUGCGACUCAACAACAAAAUAACUCGUAUUGAGACAACCAGAACAAAUUUCUCUCAAGAAGAGACCACCUUGUUUGUAUACAAGGAUAGAAUCAAGAAAGAGCAAAACGAACUUCUCCAGGAGUUGAGAAGACUGGAGUCUCUAAAGCAGGAGAUCACCAUAACUUUCCAACAUCAAUCCAAACUCUUGAGUGAGAGGAACCAAGUCAGCAGGCAAAAGACCAUCAAGCUGGAGUCUGAGCUCCAGCGUCUGGAGAGAGAAAUCCUGGAAGUGAAAGAGCUUAUCAACCAGCGGGAAAUUACUAUCAUGGACCUCCAGAAACAAGCAAAGGCAGCGCAACAUACAGAGACAAACACCAUAGCGACCAACGUCUCCACCAAAAUCACCAUUCUGGACCCAGAGACCGGCAAGGACAUGUCCCCCUAUGAUGCCUAUCUUGAGGGUCUGAUUGAUCGCAAUCAGUACAUCCACCUCCAAGAGCUUGAGUGUAGCUGGGAGGAAAUCAUAACCACCGGUCCUGAAGGUGAGACCACUCUUCUGCAGGAUCGUAAAAGCGGAAAGCAGUACUCCAUCAGUACGGCCCUGCAAAAUGGCAGACUGACCCAGUAUGAACUUCAGCGCUACAGAGAGGGCAAAAUGACCAUUUCAGAGUUUGCUCUUCUGGUUGCAGGGGAAAAGAAAACGAAGUCCUUCCCUCCUCUAAGUACAACACAAACAACAACUGUUCAGACACUCGCUCCAACAAACUCCUCCACAUUGACACGCCGCUUAUCCUACUCCAGCAAUGGCAACUUGAACUCGCUGGUAAUCGCCAGUGGAGAUGAGCUCUUCCCAAUUUCUGGUGUCUUAGAUGUCACCACAGACAGCCGCAUGUCUGUACGAAGUGCCCUAACGCGCAAACUGAUUGAUCAAGACACAUCUAUAAGGCUUCUGGAAGCUCAGGCCGCCACCGGAGGUAUUGUGGACCUGAACAAGAAGGACAAGCUCUCCAUUCACAAGGCGGCAGAGCGUGGAUUGAUCGAUUCGAGCCAGCUUCACAAACUCCUCAGUGCCCAGAAGGCCUUUACUGGUUUUGAAGACCCCGUGUCCAAAGAGCGAAUGUCAGUGGGAGAAGCCGCCCGCAGGGGAUGGAUCCCCAACGACAGUGCUGUGUGGUUCAUGGAGGCACAGGUGCUGACUGGCGGACUGGUAGACCCAAAACGUGCAGGUCGCAUCGACAUGCAGAAUGCCGUCGAUACAAAACUGAUCGACGCAUCCAUGGCCAAGCAACUUCAGGAUGAUUCCGCCUUUGUGAAGAACGUGAUCGACCCCAUCAAGAAGGAAAAGAUCACGUAUAAGGAGGCCAUGGCUCGGUGCAAGAGGGACCACACCACAGGGCUGCUCCUGCUCCCAGCUGCCUCGACUGACACUGUUGACACUUCAUCCUACUCCAGCUACAAAUUCUCCACAAGAUAAAGACAACACGCAAGUGUGAAAAAACUGAUUUAAGUUCUACAUAGCAAGGGACUUCUGAUUCUCUGGAUUUUUUCAUAAACAUAUACAAAAUAAUCUCUGGAGCCUCUCAUACUUUUACUGUUUUAUAUUUUCCUGUCUUUGUUUUUAACAUAAUCUUUCAGUUACUCAUUAUUUUCUGGUUUAUCUUGAUGAAUGGGCUGCUGAAUUGCUUUUUGAACUUCAUAUAUAAUAAAAGGUCCUGUUUCAUAUAUACCCAAA